UAAAUACCCACGCUCUCAAUUAAAUCAUCCUCACGACUACCAUCUAGGGUUUGGGCUGCGCAUCUAGGGUUUUCAUCCAAGUUCUCCCAAAUCACUUAUUCUACCUUUGCACCCUAAAUGGCCAUCUCAUUCACAGAUCUUCACACCGAAGUCGGUCUCAAGUUUCUUGAUGAAUUCCUGUCCGGGAAAACCUAUAUCUCCGGAGAUCAGAUUCAGAUUACUAAGGACGACAUCAGAGUUUAUGCUGCAGUAACAGGAAAACCUGGAGCUGGCUUCCAAAAUGCUAGCCGAUGGUAUGAAACUGUAUCAUCUGCUUUGGCUGUAAGAUUCCCCGGAAAAGCUGCCGGUGUAAAGAUUGGAGGGCAAGUUGCAGCACCGGUUCCUUCUGCUGCUGAAACAGAGCAGGAAGAACCAGCUGCAGCCACCAAUGAGGAAGACGACGAUGACUUAGAUCUUUUUGGAGAUGAAACCGAAGAUGAAAAGAAGGCCGCUGCAGAUCGGGAAGCUUCCAAGGCCUCCACGAAAAAGAAAGAGAGUGGUAAAUCUUCAGUGCUGUUGGAUGUAAAGCCAUGGGAUGAUGAAACUGAUAUGGUGAAUCUGGAGAAGGCAGUGCGCAGUGUAGAAAUGGAAGGGCUUCUCUGGGGUGCAUCCAAGUUAGUUCCAGUUGGAUAUGGGAUUAAGAAGCUUCAGAUAAUGAUGACAAUUGUUGAUGAUUUAGUGUCAGUUGAUUCUCUUAUUGAAGAACACCUCACUGUUGAGCCCUGCAAUGAGUUCAUCCAGAGCUGUGAUAUUGUGGCAUUCAAUAAGAUCUAACAUAUUUCUGGAAAUUACAUUUUUCUAAGCUUCUCAGACCUUUUAUGUGAGUUUUGAGUGAUAUUUAUAUUAUGGUUAUGUGGUUGAAUAUUCAAGAUGGAUGUUUUGUUA